AAUCCGAGCUGAACCGUGCCAUCGGACUCUGACAUGUGGAGUUGAAAUCGGCGGAUCGAUCUCCAAGGGCUCCACUGGCUCGAUCAACCCCCUGGUCGCCAGGCUCACGCGGCCCGCUUUAAGCAGCCGGAGCGGUGGCCGGAGCCAACCGCGCAAGAGUGAUGAACGAUGGCUUGGAAAUAAAUUGCUUGGGCUUGCGACCAGACCUCGAUGAGAUCAAUGCGCCCGCGGUCAGACAUUGUUCCGCCGUCAGGGGAACUUUGGGACUCUGGGGAGGUUCGUCCCGUCCCGUCGUCACCUUCCCGCUGUCGUUUCCUUCUCGCCCUUGCGAUAAAGUGCUGGAGAAGUUGGGACGAGUGUUACCAUCCGGUCUUUUGAGGAUUUGCCCCAUUGGCUGCAGCAUCUGGCUCGAUUUGCGACUGGAAUCACAGCGGCAAGCCACCCACACCCACAGGCCCAGUGGGUCACUCCUUCCUUUGACAUGGCGUCGUCGUCGUCUUCGUCUUCAUCACAUCUACUCAACGGUUUACCAAUCGAACUACUCACAUUCGUCAUCGAUGGCCUUGAUCGCGUGGGGGAUAUUGCAGCCCUUGCGCUGACGAACCGACGCCUGUACAGCACUGCGAACCCCCACCUUUACAAGCGCGCGGCCGAGUGCGACGAUGCGCGGUCAGUAGCCUGGGCCGCAAAUCGCGGCUUGGUGUCCACCUUAAGAAUGGCGCUGGUCGCUGGCGUCAACCCCAAUCACGAGUUCAUCGAGUGUGUACCGGAGGAUGAGUGGGAGAGUGUCACCGCAACCGCCCGGGACGAUGCCGCCGCAGGUCGACCCAAGGCGCCGUGGGCCAUGUGGGACUUCGACAACCGGCCGAGAAGUGCCAAUCUCGACGAGUGGCCCUCCUCCGACCCCGACCCCGCUAUCGAUAGCGACCAUGCCGACACCCCCGGCGGCAGCGCCUCCACCGUGGCGCCCUCGCCCCAAGCACCAAGCGCUUCCGACCAAGAGUCAGUCGUCUCGUCCGAGGAGGACCUGUCACGGCGCAGCGACGCGACGCCGGCAACCGAGCCGUCCCCAACACCCACCCCACAUCACCACCUGACGCGCCGGUACUAUGCCAUCCACCUCGCCGCGCGCGGCGGCCACGACGAGAUCCUCGAGCUGCUCAUCCGCAACGGCGCGGACGUCGACGUCCCGUCAGAGCGCUUCUGCGCCUGCACGCCGCUGUACGGGCUGCUCAACACGCUCGAGGGCCCCAAGCCCGACCCCGACCCCCCGCUAUGGACACCACUACACGCGGCCAUCUGCCAUUCCCACACCUCCACCGCCAAGCUCCUCCUCUCGCACAAAGCCAGCCCCUACAUACAGCUCAGCACCAACCCCAUUCCCGACCUCCGCUACGGCGCCACCGCCCUCCACCACGCCGCCGCCAUGGGCCUAACCACCCUCGUCCAACACCUGAUCACCACCAAAACGGUCCCCGACAUCAACACCCAAGACACAUACACCCUCACCCCCUUCUACCACGCCUACGCCGCCCGCCAAUGGGACACCACCGUGCCCGCGCUCCUCGCCCUCGGCGCCGACAUCCACUGCGAAGCCAAGAUGUACAUCCCCUACACCGCCAUCACCCCGCUCGGGGAAGCCUGCCGACUCGGCGACUUCGACGCCGCGGACCGGCUCCUCGCGCUCGGCGCGGACGCGACGCACGGGUUUAUCGCGCCGGCGGCGGGCGGGUGUCUGACGCCGCUGCACAUGUGCUGUAUGCGGUCGGCGAAGCGGGUCAGUGGGGGGUGUGGGAGUGGUGGUGGUGCUGCUGGUGCUGGGGGUGCUGGGGGUGCUGGGGGGGAUAGUGGGGAGGAUGAUGAUGAGGUACGGGGGAGGGCGAGGAUGAGGACGAUCGCGGCGCUGAUUGAGAAGGGGGCGGCGCUGGAUGCGCAGGACUGUUUUGGGGAUACGCCGCUGUCGGCGGCGGAGAAGGCGAGGAAUACGUUUGCUUUGGAGGCGCUGGCCAGGUUGAGUAUUGCGGGGGUGGGGGAGGGGGAGGAGAAGGCGGCGGAGCGGGGUGGGGUUGCUGGUAAUGAGGCGGUUGUGAAGAAGCCUGCUGGAGGGGGUGUAUCUGACCCCGAACCCGCGGUGGGUACGGCCGCGGCCGGGUUGUAAAUGUUGCGUUUUGGCGUGUGUGGGGGUUGUAAGAAGUGUUGUCCAGCUUGUUCAAGAC